CAUCCGCACACGCGCUGCAAGUGCUGCAGUGGCGGCUGUGACCCUAUGGAGCAGUCCAGGAAGUCGAGCUGCCUGGUGCGCACCCAUGACCCAGUUUGGCUCCCGGCUGCAGGGCCCAAAGCAGGUCCCAGCUGGGCUGAGAUAUUGCACCAACUUCAUCACUCGAGAGGAGGAAAGCGAGGUCCUGCAGGUGCUGGAUGGACCAGGAGCCGCUUGGAUGCGGAAAAUCCGCCGGGCGCAACAAUUCUUUGGCGUGGUCUACUACCAAACUUCCCAAGCAGUUCCCGAGCUGCAGCCUACCACCAGCAGCUCCCAAGAAGCACAAGAAGGACGCAGCUUAAAUGAGCUGCCUGAGUGGUUGUUGCCACGAGUAAGGUCCCUGGGGCUGUUUUCCCAACCGGGACAAGGCAUCAACCAGGUCUUGGCCAACGAAUAUUUGGAAGACAGCGGCAUUGGCAGCCAUGUGGAAGACCCAGCGGCUGGGCCCACCAUCGUCACCCUGUCGCUGCUGCAGCCGGUUCAGCUGACCUUGCAAGCGGCCGAGAACGGCAGACCCCGACACCGAGAUGCCAGGGAUCCCGAGGACUACGUGAAAAUCCUCUUGGAGCCCUUGAGCUUGCUGGUCUUGGAAGGUCCCAGUCGUUUGAAUUUCACCCAUGCCAUUCGCCAGUCGAAGCGAGUACCGCUGCGUGACGGUCGCGUUUUGCGACGGGAGAAGAACUUCCGGCGCGUGUCGCUGACCUUUAGAGGCAUUGUUUCUGACCGACGUAGUGCAACACGUUCUGAUUUCCCGGAGGGCUACCAGACCUAUUCAGUGCGUGGUGCAAGCGGAUGAAAGUCUCAUAAAAUUGGAGCUUGUGGGUG